AUGAACCAAAACAAGCUAGCUGCUAUGACGGAGAAACGGAAAGCAGAAGAGAUUAUGAUGGUUGGCGACGACUACAGAAAGGCGAAGGAGCAUUUACGCAGAGCAAGCCAGCUUUUCCCCGCCAUCGAGGACUUGGAGCCCUUGAAAACUGCUUGCGAUAUCUUGUUGGCAGCCAAUGACGAGAUCCCCGGGUGCGGAGUGGACCAUUAUUGGGUUCUCGGAGUUGAGCCCUCUUGUAGUUUCGUCGAAACUCGAUCUCGCUACCAGAAGCUCGUCAGCUUGCUCCAACCCAUUGGAAAAGCUCAGGCGUUCGCGAGGAGAGCUUUCAAGCUUUUGGAAAAUGCGCUGUUGGUGCUCACAGAUGUAAAUCGCCGCACCGAAUUCGACCACAGAAGAAAGAAAAGCUUGGCCGAUUGUGAGAUGUUUUCUGCUAGCAUUGCCGUCUCUAUGCCUACUUUGUCUGCAAAGGCUGCUUGGUCUUCAAGGGAUCUCACAGCUGGUCAGAUAUGGGCUGUGUUUGGGGAAACGAUAAGCUACUCUUCUAUGCCUCGCCAUUAUGUUCGGUUUGAUGAGAUGAUAUCAGAAUCACAAGCAGCUGUUACAUACUUGGAGCCUGCGGGUGUUCGCGACCAUGAGGUGAAAGCAUUGAGGGAGAAACUCCCGGUUUCAUGUGGGAUAUUCAGGAUCAGCGAAAGGGCUUGCAGGAUUGAUCUGUGGCGGUUCUGGUUUCGUGUUAGGUACCAGCCGACCAUGUCGUGCUACAAGAUAUGCCCACGGGAAGGGGAGGUAUGGGCAAUGCACAAAGAUUGGAGUGCGAGAUGGGGAGCGUCGGACUAUGAAAGGAGUCGAUGUAUGAUCGUUCGAGUCGAGUCAAGUGCUGAAGACGCGAGUAAUGGGAUCACUGUGAGUAGGCUGAGGGAGGUAGAAGGUUGCUUGACAUUGUUCUGCAAGCUGAAGCAAGAUGGAUUCGAUAUGGUUCAUGUAGUUCCAAAUGCAAAUAUGCUUUGCUUUUCUCAUCGCAUUCCUGCAUUUAGGGUUCCGGGGAUCAAACGUUAUGGGAUACCAGAGGACUCCUGGCACCUGGAACCAAAUGCCUUGCCUCUUACAAUUGGUAACUGA